AUAAAUCUUGGUACUUGGUUCAAAAAUGUUACUUUUUCUUAACCAUUUUAUGCUGGGGUUUUUUUCACUUUUGCUUUGCAGUUCAUUGUCCUAGAUUACUAUUUGAUUUGUUGGUGAAUUCAGUCAACCAAGCCUGAAAUGUGAACUGAGUGGGUUCCUGAUAAGGAUCUGUCUUUUUCUCCCCCUUUACCUUUCUUUUUUUUUUUUCUUCAAAAAGAAUUGCCUUUUCUUGCUCUGCCAGUUAAAUGAGGGCUUGACAUUGCCAGCUACUUCAUCACUGCACAACUGAAAGGUUGACAUCCAUACGGACUGAGUUAGCAAAGUGGGACUCUACAUCUCUGAAGAAGAUCAACCAUGGCAGGUGACAACAUCUCAGCAGAAAACUGUACCCUUAUGUUCAACAUCACAACUAUACCCUGGGGGGGUAUUCCUCCAUGUGACUAUGAGGAAGUGAAGGUUGCAAACACAGGGAUUCUGGUCACUCUGUACAGCUUGGUGUUUGUUCUGGGUCUCCUUGGUAAUGGCCUUGUGGUUUGUGUCCUGGUGAAGCACUGGAAGCAGAGCAACCUGACCGACAUAUGUCUCUUCAACCUGGCUGUGUCCGACCUCGUCUUCGUGAUCACGCUGCCUUUUUACUCACACUUCUUAGUGAAAGGCUACUGGACCUUUGGAAACUUUAUGUGCCAUGUCCUGUCAGGCUUACACCGUACAGGCUUCUUCAGCAGCAUCUUCUUCAUGGUUAUCAUGACGCUCGACCGCUACAUCGUUAUCGUGCACGGUCACAAAGUGGCACAAUACCGUACAAUGAGGCUAACCAUCGCUCUGACCAUAAUAACCUGGAUUUUGAGCCUGUGUGUUUCUCUGCCGUCUUUCAUCUUAGCAGAGUCCGAAGACGAAUGUCUGUUCCUCCCCGAAAAUGAGCAUUGGCAUCAUUAUGACCUAUUUGCGACAAACGUACUAGGUCUCAUUCUUCCCUUGUUGGUGAUGGUAGUUUCCUACUCGAGGAUCAUUCCCGUACUGGUGAAGAUGAAGACUGCAAAGAGGCAUCGCAUCGUAAAACUGAUCCUCUCUAUAGUGGCAGUCUUCUUCUUGUUCUGGGCUCCAUACAACAUUUCCUUUUUCUUGAAUUAUUUGCAUUUACAAAAUAUAAUUAUUUUAACAUGCAAUGGAGACAGAAAUCUGAGACUGGCAGUGUCGGUGACAGAAGCUUUUGCUUACACUCACUGCUGCCUGAACCCCAUUAUAUACGCCUUCGUGGGACAGAAAUUUAUGAGACGAACCCUCCAAAUGUUAAAGAAGUGGCUGCCGAUUUCAGUCGGAGAUCUGUCAGAUAGUUCAUCCAGGAGGAGCUCAGUUGUGUCCAGGUCCUCUGGAUUUAUGGUCACCACCAUGUGAAAAAUUGAACUGAAAUAAUUAAAUAUCCCUUAUUUUGAUCUACACUAUAUUACCAAAAGUAUUUUCUCACCUGCCUUGACCCACAUGUGAACUGAAGUGCCAUCCCAUUCCGAUCACAUAAAGUUCAUUAUGAUGUGGUUCCACCUUUUGCAGCUAUGACAGCUUCAACUCUUCUGGGAAGGCUGUCCACAAGGUUGAGGAGCGUGUUUAUAGGAAUUUUCAACUUUUUUUUUUUUCCAAAAGCGCUUUGCUGAGGUCAUGACCUGAUGUUGGUGGAGAAGGCCUGGCUUUCAGUCUCCACUCUAAAUCAUCCUGUUCAGGUUGGGCCAGUCCAGUUCAUCUACACCAGACUCUGUCAUCCAUGUCUCUAUGGACCUUGCUUUAUGCACUGGUGCACAGUCAUGUUGGAAGAAGAAGAGGAGCCGCUCCAAACUGUUCCCACAAGGUUUGGGAUCAUGGAAUUGUCCAAAAUGUUUUGGUAUCCUGAAGCAUUAGAAGUUACUUUCACUGGAACUAAAGGGCCAAACCCAACUCCUAAAAACAAGCUCACACCAUCAUUCCUCCUCCAACAAAUUUCAAUCGGCACAAUGCAGUCUGAAAUGUACCGUUCUUCUGGUAACCUCCAAACCCAGACUCGCCCAUCAGAUUGCCAGAUGGAAAAGUGUGAUUCAUCAGUCUCGAGAAGGCAUCUCCACUGCUCCAGUGGCAGUGUGCUUUACAUCACCGCACCAACGCUUUGCAUUGCACUAUGUGAUGUGUUGCAUGGAUGUAGCUCCUGGACCAUGGAAACUCAAUCUAUGAAGCUCUCUCUGAACUGUACUUGGGAUAAUCUAAAAGUCACAUGAAGUUUGGAGCUCUGUAGCAACUGACGGAGCAGAAAGAAAACUAUGCACUUCAGCAUCUGGUGACACCACUCCAUCAGUUUACAUGCUCGGUUACUUGGUGGCUGAGUUGCUGUUGACUGUGGAAUAUUAGGAGUGAGGACAUUUCCAUGGCAGGAUUUAUUGCUGAGGUGGUAUCCAAUGACAAUUCCAUGCUGGACUUCCCUGAAAGUGCCCAAUUCUUUCACAAAUGUUUGCAGAAACAGUCUGCAAGCCUGGGUAUUUGAUUUGAUGCACCUGCGGCGAGACCAAGUGAUUAAGAAACCUGAUUCUGAUCAUUUGGAUGGGUGAGCCAAUACUUUUGGUAAUAUCGUGUAUAUUUUGUUCGAUCAUUUGUGUAUAUUUGAUGAAAGCUUAACAGCAGAUGAAAUUUGAAACAAGGACAAGAAAUUCAAACGAAAAAACAAACUACUGUCAGAGAGUUUCAGCUUUACGGCAAAUGUUAGGAGAAGUUAUAUGUAAGUAAGAUGGUAUCAAUUUUCAGCCAUUUCUUCACUCAUUUCUGGAUUAGUCACUAUUUUUUUUAUUUUUUUUUUAUAAAUACAAUUUAGCAAUUGCACAAAAUGUAAACUGAUAUCUUGCCACCACAAUGACACAUACUUACAGCAUCAUAUAAGACAAGUAAGUCAUUCUUGUUUAUCAUAUUUUAUU